AUGGACGAUACAGCGGCAGCUGGCGAGGGCGAGGGCGAGGACGUCCUUAUCGUGGACGACAUGUGCGACGGCGAUGAGCAGAUAGUCCUCUCGUACAUGGACGUCGACGAAGAAGACUGCGCCCACCAGGCCGAAGAUGCGGCGGCAGAGGAGGUGGCGGAGGAGGAGGCGGCAGAGGAGCUGGAGCCAGAAGUAGCGGAGGACGCCACGGAGGAGGCAGCAGAUGAGGCCGAGGAGGCAGCGCAGGAGGCGCUGGCGGACGAGGCGGCGGAGGAGGCGGCGGAGGGCGCGGCGGAGGGGGCCGCCGGCGAGGGCGCCCCUGGCGAGGAGGAGCCCGCGGCCGAGUGCGCCGAGGAGGGCGGGGCGGCCGCGGAAGACGCCCCGGCGGGGGCGCCCGACGUGGUCGUCCUCGACGACGACGACGAGGACGUCGGCAGCGUCGAGGGCGGUGGAGGGUCGCCGGGGGGAGGCGGCCCAGUCCCCGUCUCCGCCACCAGCGCUUUGGUGGAGGCGGCAGCGCCGCCAGCGGUCGGCUCCGGGGCGGAGGGGGCCGAGAGCCCCGAGGGUUUCGUCUUCGUGUGCAACGCCGAGAACUUCGGAGAGUGCCAGAGGCACCAGCUCUUCGGGGCCGCCGCCUGGCAGCUGAAGAAGAUGAAGGAGCACAUCACGCCAGACACGCUUCUCUUCCUCUACAACUACAGCACCGAGCGACUCUACGGCACGUUCGUCGCCUCCGGGGAGGCAGACAUGAACGUAGUGUCUGGCGCCUUCAAGGGACAGUUCAACGCGCAGGUGCCUGCGAGCCCACUGGACGACCUCAUCCUCGAGGCAAGCGUGCCGAAGCGGCUGCAGGCGGGCCCGAAGUCCGCCGCCGAGGUGGCGUCCAUUCUGGAGGCCCUCCAGGCAGGCAGGCGCGCGGCCCCCGAGGUCCAGCAGGCUUGGGGCAUCGAGGCGCCCUCCGCGCCCGCCGAGGAGCCGCCCCACAAGAGGCGGCGGAUCUCGCCCGCGCUGCGAGUCCCGCAGCUGACCUCCCGCACGGUGCCGGGGCUGGACCAAACUGCGAAGGGAUCGCUGGGCGCCCGCCCGCGCGCGGUCCGGAUUUUGCCGCAGAGUGCGCUCUGCGUGGUCCUGAGCCGGGAUCGCGGGGCGGGCGUGCACAGGUUCUCCGGCUGGAACCGCAUCUCGGUCGAGCGGGUGGUGUCCGGGAAGGGCAUCUGCAACAUCUACGAGUACCUGGCGUGGAAGUACCCCGACAAGGUGGACGUGGACAUGCACGCGGAGUUCCUGAUGAACGCCGGGGACGCAGGCGUGGUCGCGAAGCACGCGGCGCCGGGCACGCUCUGCCGGCAGGCCCUCUGCAUCUUCGCCGAGUGCUACGGCGCGGCGACCGGGUCCAUGGCCAUCCAGGACGGGUUCAUGCCCUUCCGGGGGCUCUUCAUCACCGGCGGCGUGUCCAAGAAGCUAGAGCACCUCCUGAAGGACGGGCAGGGCAGCUUCAUCAAGGCCCUCCACGACAAGGGGCGUGUGUCCCCACUGCUAGAUCAGGUGCCACUCUACCUGGUGAAGAGCGACGACAUGGGCCAGCGAGGGGCCCACCUGCGGUCGGUCCGGCUGCUCCAGGAGUGCCUCGCGGGCCAGCAGAGUCGCUUCGACGAUUCGGAGCACCUGGACGAGGCGCUGCUCGUGGAGCCCCGGAGCGUCAUGGCCUACGGCAGUGGAGCGGAAAGCGCCAGCCCGUCGGAGCUGCUCGAGCUCGUGGAGUCCUUCGAGAAGAGCCGGAGCCCGG